CUUCAAAGAGUAACAUCAAACCGCAAAGUGAAAUAUCACAAGUUUUAUUGGAAAUCUCAAGAACUCGGUUUUAACAGAAUUUCUAAAAAGAAAAUUACAUUGAGUAUUGGGGGUGACUUAAAGUCCCUAUUACAAUCUAAAUAUACAUCAUCAUCAAAAUCUAUAAUUUUUCCCAACAACAAGCCAGAAAAGAUGUCGGAUGCAGAUUGGGUAGGUUUGGAUCAGAAAGCUAUCCGUCUUUCGUUGACCAAGAAUGUUGCGUUUAACAUUCUGAAGGAGAAGACAACGAAGGGAAUUAUGGAAGCGCUAUCUAACAUUUUCUGGACUUUGAAGGAUGUCAGAGUUGUUUCAGCCUUGAAGAAAAGUUUGAUUUCUAUCAGGCAAUUGGACGAUCAGGGACAUGAGGUGAAGUUCAGAGAUGGGAAGUGGAAGGUCGUGAAGGGAAAUCUUGUCAUGGCCCGUGGAAAGAAGAGAGGUUCGCUGUAUAUGGUCGAGUUACCAUCUGAGGGAGUGACCGUCCCAGUUCAGAAGAGAAACAAACUCCGGUUCACAGAGUCUCAUGUGAAGAAUAAGGUUGUCUAUGCAAAAGAGAAACCUAGAGUCACAGGAUCCGGGAGUGUGCGUCUGCAAUGGGAGCCGCUAGGGACCGAGGACGAGUCGGAGAGAAGUGUUAUAGCACACUGUCUGUCAUCUGUUACUGUGACAGUGCUGCAGUAUCUUCUGUACAGCAUAGUUGGUUGAUUUGUUUGCAUAGCUUUCAAUUGGUGAUUUCUGUUGCGCCCCACAAACUUACACUUGUUUGGUAGAACUUUUAAAUUUUGACAUAAUUUUUUAAUAUGUAAUUUUUAUUACCUAUUGAUAUAAUGAUUUGUAAAUAAAACGAUUUCAAAAAAUGAAAAUUUUUUUCUCGUAAACCCCAAUUUGAUUUGUAAUCAAAUUGGAGACAUAGG